AUGGCAUCCUACUAUCCUGAAGGCGAAUGCUACUUUGUUAGAAGCUCCCUCCGUCUGCCCAAUGGCUGGAACGCUGAGAACCGGAACCACUUCUACAGUCACUUUCUCAUUGAGUAUUACUGGAAUGGUUGGGUCACGACGGGUAGCCAAAGCAGACAUCACACGAGAUCUCAAUGGAGACACGGAACCCCUUCAGGACUCAAUAACACACGCUACGGCGAUUGGGACAGAUUCUGGGUGGGUGAAAGCAAAACCAACAACCCUGCCAAUAUGACAGCCAUACACAGUCAUCCCAAUAGUCUCAACUGGAAUGAAUGCCGUGAUCUCAACGGAGGCGGACCGCGCAAGUAUAUCCUCCGUCCCAUCCAGAUCCAGAGCGACGAUGCGGAGUGGCUUUGGAUCGAUGCUACGAUCCCGCUGAGAGCCAUCUACUUCCCUGUUGCUCAUACGUCAGACGAGGCUUUCCCAAACAUGUGUACCUAUGUUGUCAUCGACUUCAGACACAGAGACACUACUCUCAUCACGGAUUACCUUGGUGGCUUUGCCACCUGGUAUCCCACCACGUCGCACGGCGGUCUUGGUCGGAGAGAUAAUGUCACUUGGGGCUUCCACAUGCCCGACAUCAUCGCCUACUUGACCAUCCCGCAUAAACUGCGCAACCCAGAUUAUCGAUUGUUCCAUUCCAAGAGAUGGAGCGAUGACUUGGUUGUGAGUGCCACGUCGUCGAUACACUGGAGAAGUAACGCUGCCGUUCUCCACCAUCCCCAUUUCUUCCGGCAGAUCGACUUUGCCGACGUCCUCAGCGCAACGUUUGGAGUAGAAGUGGGCUGGCGACCUUACGAACCGUCCAGAUUCCUCAGAGACCUUCUCAUCUCGCUUGUUGACCUGGGUCUUGGCUUCAUUCCGGGCGUUGGGCCUAUUCUGUCGGUUGCGUUUGGCAUAGCGGUGCAGCUGCUUGAGGAUCCUGAAUCAUUCAGCCAUGAGAAUAUUCUGAACAUCAAUCAGACGGCCAUGGAUGAGUUGACUCGGUCGUCGAGAAAACAUCGAAAGUAUCUCGCGCCUGAUUUCAUGGGCAAGGGGCGCGGUCGCCAGGCACUGGUUCCAUUGAGUGAUGAUGAGCGGGCUAGUCGGCAGAAGUAUGGCGAGGAGCUGAACCAGAAGCUUACUAAGGAACUCAAUCCUCAGGUGGUGAUUCGAUCGCUGUUGGAUCAGGAAUUGUUGUUGUAUGGAGCUGUCAGUCUCAAUGGCGUCGUUGAGGAAGAGGAGCAGACGGAGUUGGAGACGGUAUCGGCGGAGGAGGAGGAGGAGGAGAAGGAGAAGGAAGAGAAGGAAGGGGAUGUUGAGAGUAAGAAGGACGAAUAA